CCACCUCAAUUUUACCCAUCUACCCCUCUUACAGUCACGAACAUGGCGAGCAAAUCCAACGAUGGGCAGCCAUUCGCCGCUGUCCUGGCAGCGGUCGCGACAAUGCAGGGCAAUGUGUCGCGCUCUGAAAAGGCACAGGCACACGAAUAUCUUGAGAAAUUCCAGAAAUCAGUCGAAGCGUGGACUGCCACACAUGCUAUGCUACAGACCCCUGAUAUUCCUAUAGAAGCGAAACUAUUUGCUGCGACGACAUUGAAAGGAAAAAUUACAUAUGACCUCGAUCAAUUGCCUCCUGAUGCCGUACCCUCUUUGCGGGACUCCAUGUUGAAUCAGCUUGCUGCAUUUGCUUCCGGCCCUCGACCGAUACAGACACAGCUUUGCGUGGGGUUGGCUAAUCUCGCCAUUCAGAUGACUUCAUGGAAAGAUGUCCUAGCAACGGUAGGAUCGGCACUGGGGAGUAAUGCUGGAGAUUGCGUGUUGGAAUUUUUGAAGAUUCUUCCUGAGGAAGUGACCGAAGGUCGCAAAAUCAACCUGAGUGAAGAUGAACUUGCGGCUAGAACCAGAGAGCUCUUGGACGAUAAUGCGGAGCAGGUCAUGCACCUUCUUACACAAUAUUCGCAGUCAUCAGCCACCGCUGCGACGAAUCCCAGAUUGAUCGAUUGUAUAACAUCCUGGCUCCGUGAGAUCCCAGCUACUCAGAUAGUUGAGUCGCCAUUACUAGACGUUGUUUUGAAGGCGCUCGAUAACGACAGUUCUUUCGACUCCGCAGUGGAUUGUAUUUGCUCGAUUUAUAGAGAUACCAGAGAGGUGGAUGAUUCGCUGCCAGCUAUACAGAGACUGUACCCCCGGAUAGUGGCCCUUCGACCGAAGCUGCAAGAACUCGCAGAAGCCGAAGACGUCGAAGCAUUCAAAGGUAUAACUAGACUAUUUGCUGAGGCCGGAGAAGCGUGGGUCGUUUUGGUCGCGAGGAUGCCAGGAGAAUUUCGUGGUCUGGUCGAAUCUGUGCUUGAGUGCUGUGUUCUCGACAAAGACCGAGAGGCGGUUUCUUUCACCUUUAAUUUCUGGUACGAGUUGAAGCAAUACCUGGUGCUGGAACGUUAUGCCGAAGCAAAAGCCGCCUAUACCGAUAUUUUCUCCCGUCUAGUCGACAUCAUGAUCAAGCAUCUUGAAUUCCCGACGCCUGAAGAUGGAGAUUUAGCAGAUCUGUUUGAUGGUGACCGUGCACAAGAGGAACGAUUCCGUGCUUUCCGUCAUUCAAUGGGCGAUGUGCUCAAAGACUGUUGCGCUGUUAUUGGCGUCACUGAAUGUUUGAUGAAAGCAUAUCGCCAAAUUCAGCAAUGGGUAUCAAAAUACGCGUCGCAAGCAAGCAACGACAAUGUUCCCCAUUGGCAAGAGCUUGAGGCCCCUCUUUUCAGCAUGAGAGCCAUGGGACGAAUGGUCGAUUCGGAAGAGAGUACGGUGCUACCCCAAGUAAUACCUCUAAUUGUUCAGAUUCCAGAUCACGAGAAGGUGCGCUUUUCUGCGAUUAUGGCGCUCGGCCGGUAUACAGAGUGGACAGCCAACCAUCCAGAAACGUUAGAAGCACAGCUCAACUACGUGAUAUCUGGUUUCCAACAUAGCUCUCAAGAAGUCAUUGGAGCGGCGGCGCUUGCCUUUAAAUACCUGGGUAGCGACUGCAAUAAGCUUCUUGGAGGACAUAUACCACAAUUACACUCCUUCUACGAGUCCGUACUAGACAAGCUCAAGCCACCUAGCCAGGAGGAAAUUACGGAAGGUGUGGCUGCGGUUGUUGCAGUGCAGCCUGUUGACAAGAUAUAUGAAUCGAUGAAGUUGUUCUGCGACCCGAUCAUGGCGCGAAUCAUGACUCUUGCAAACAAUGCGCAAGACGAACAAGGCCAGAAAGCUGUUGCAGACCACCUGCAGUUAAUUACCAUCUUCAUCCAGCUCGUCACGCCGUAUGUUGGACCGCAAGGAGAGAAUCCUGCGGUGAAGUAUUGUGGCGAGAUUAUGCCGAUAUUGAACACUCUGGUGAUGAAUUUUACCAAGUCUACGCCGAUACUGGAACGAGUUUGCCGUUGCUGGAGAUAUAUGAUUAUUUCUUACCGAACAGCGAUGAUUCCCUUGUUACCGAGUCUAGCACAAAGCUUGGCAGCUGGGUUUGAGGCUUCUCGAGAGGGUUGUUUCUUGUGGGCUACGGAUGCAGUUGUUAGAGAAUUCGCCGAGGGUGCAGAACUGGUAGAUAAGGCGACAAGUCAGGCUGUGUAUCAAUUCUUUGAGCAACAAAGUGUUGCAUUUUUGCGAAUCCUGAACGAGUUGCCUCCAGAGCAACUACCAGACGUGAUCGAGGACUUCUUCCGCCUUGCAAGCGACGCAAUCCGCUUCUACCCCAAAGAAUGUGUCACAUCUUCGCUUAUCGUUCCUACCUUCUCUGCUGGCCUCACUGCCCUUACUUUACAACAAGUCGAUCCGCUUAUUGCAACACUACAUUACUACCGGGAUCUAUUGAGCUUUGGAUUUGAGACGCCAUCCAUCUCCAACUUUAGUGACUCUAGUGGUCAACCAUAUUCCAACCCACCCGAAGUACGAAACGCCGUGAAAGAGCUGAUUGGAAAUCAAGGCCAGCUACUCGUUGAACGGGUUUUGACGGGGAUGAUGUUCAGUUUCCCAGAGGACUGUUUCCCGGAUGCUUCUGGUAUACUCAUGGCACAGUUCGAACUGAUGCCGCAGCAGACCGGGCUGUGGGUGCAAUCGACUAUAGAACAACUUCCAGCAGGCACGAUGAAGCCAGGCGAAGCCGCACGAUUGUUGACAAACAUUUCCGAGAAGAUCCAACUAUUAGAAUCUCGCAAGAUACGCGUCCUCCUGCAAGACUUCACAAAUUCCUACCGACGACGGAACGUUGCACCACGAGACGGCCUCGGAAGGCUGGAAGCCACACGCUUCCGAUUCAGCGGAUAA